UAUCCACACUCAAAAACUCAAAUAGCCGUGUAGAAGAAGUUAACAUCUCAAAUUAUUAAUAAAAUAAAACAAAAGCGCCAAAACAAAUUAAAAAAAUAAAAAAAAAUUGUAUAAAACGAAGAGAGAAGUAACAAAACCUCCAGACCAGAGGAAGAAGAGGAGGAAAUGGAGUCCUCCAAGAUGACCAGAGAGACAAGGCGAGCCAACAUCAUCUACUUCCUCAAUCGCGAAGGCCGAAUCGAACACCCCCAUCUCAUCCGCGUCCGCCAUCUCUGCCACUCCGGCGUUCACCUCCGCGAUGUGAAGCGAUGGCUGUCGGAAUUGAGGGGAAAAGAGAUGCCGGACUCAUUCGCCUGGUCCUAUCAGAGGAGAUAUAAGACGGGAAUGGUAUGGCAGGAUUUGAUGGAUGACGAUCUACUAACUCCAAUCUCCGAUUGCGAGUAUGUUCUGUUGGGAUCUCUUCUCCCCGGCGCCGAAUUUAAAUCAGAUCUUUUCCCGUCUCCCGAGGUGAGGAGCUCGCCGGAGAAUGAGCAGCUGGAUGCCGAAAACGGCGUGUUGCCGGAUGGGGUAGAGGAGGAGAAAGAGGAGGAGCAGCCAAGGAUAAGUUCGCCGGCGGGAAACGCCGGCCGGCGGAGCCAAUCCACGGAAGCCUUCGCACUUGUUACGUAACAUUCUCACUUGCAAGGCGGUGGAUACUGCGGAUAGCCUACUGUUCGCCGGCGGCGGUGGCUACGGCGGCGGGACGAAGUCUUCGAGAUCCAAUAGGUCGCAUCUGCGACUACAGUACUCGCAUGUCGAUGAUAAUAAGAGGGCAAACGAACCGUUGGGCGGCGGGAAGAGUUCGAGAAACGCGGGAAGGACGCAUGUGCUACGGCCCAAUUGCUCGCAAUGUGGAAAGCCCUUCAACCCACAGAAAUUGCACUCGCACAUGAUAUCAUGCAAAGGUCUCAAG